AGAGGUCUCUACAGGGAUGUCAUGCAGGAGAACUAUGAGAAUGUGACCUCGCUGGGGUUUCCUGUGUUCAGAUCCGAUGUGAUCUCCCAGGUGAAACAAACGGAGGAGCCAGGGGCCCCAGCUCUCCAGGGCUUAGAGGAAAGAGAGAUUCUGAUGGCCACCUGUUCAGCAGGUGAUGGGAUGCUGAGUGAGAAUAUGGAGCAGAAUCCUCACCAGGAACAUGCUGAGCAAGUGGAACCACAUGGGGGAUUACUACAAGGCUCCCAAGGGAAUGUAUCCAGGCUUCAUGUGCAGGGAAAAGCCUGUGAGAGUUGGCAUAGGCCAGAGAGACAGCAGGAAAGCCAACCAGGGGAGAAAGUGGGUAAAUCCCCUAAUUGUCAGGAAACUCACAACAACUUCAAGGAAAGCACAGCCCAGCAGAGAAUCUCAACAGGAGAGAGACCCUAUAAAUGCACUGAGUGCGGAAAGACCUUCAGUUUGAGUUCAAACCUUAUUAAACAUCAGAGGAUCCAUACAGGAGAGCGCCCCUAUGAAUGCGGAGAGUGCGGGAAAACCUUCACUCACAGCUCACACCUAACUAGACAUCAGAGAAUGCACACUGGAGAAAGACCCUAUGAAUGCUGUGAGUGUGGGAAGACCUUCCGGUACCGCUCAGACCUUAUCACGCAUCAGAGAAUCCACACGGGGGAGAGACCCUAUGAGUGUUGUGAGUGCGGGAAAAACUUCAGUCAGAGCUCGAACCUUAUUAAACAUCAGAGGAUCCACACUGGAGAGAGACCCUAUGAGUGCUGUGAGUGCAGGAAGACCUUCACGCGGAGAUCAAACCUUAAUGCACAUCAGAGAAUCCACAAAGAUGCAAGACCCUAUGAAUGCUUUAUAUGGGAAAACCUCCACACUGAGCUCACACCUUAUUACACAUGAGAGAAACACCUUAAAAACCUUUUCAAAGCCUGACAAAAGUUGUUGGGUUUUUGUUUGUUUGUUUGUUUUGUUUUGUUUUUGCAUUAAUGCUUUUGUUAAUUCCCACCUAAUGAUCUUUAAGGAUAUUGGCAGAAUUAUCUUUACUGUGGUCUCUCACCUCCCCAGGUGAGUUGUCCACUUUUCUGUUUUGCUGUUUGCCCUUCUUUGGGAUGAACACAGUGGUCCUCUCUAUCAACUCCUAUGAGUCAUGGGAGAGUGUGUCUCUCUUGCCGGGAAUGUCCAUCAGCCAAGGUGAGGGAGAUAAGGAUGACCUUGAUUAGCUACAUUGAAGCACAAUCUAUGUGGGCCUCAUCUCCACUAGGUUUUUCCCAUGCAGUUAGCUAGCUCAUGUUAGCUAUCCCAAUGGAAAAAGACAGCUACUCUUUCAGGAGUGGGUGUGGUUAGCUAGCCUAUUUCCUCAUGAGUUGACCUCAUCUUUUAUAGCUUUUCAUAGUCUAAAAAAGCCAAGAGCAUCACAUUUAUAUUGUUCCUCCCUUUGCAAAGCAGUUGUAAGAGUCAUCAAGUUCCGCUGUGAGGAUAAAUUGUCUCAUUCUCUUUUGUUCUCACAUUGCCCUAGGAUGUGCUGAAGAGCAGUUAUAUCCUUUUUCUUUUUUUUUAACCAUUUUUCUCAUUUAAAAUGUAUUUCAAUAAAAUAAAAAGCAGGAACACAGGUGGGGAAAAAAGUGUCUUUUCUGCCACUGUGAUGCCUGAAGAAGAUGGGGAGAGUCAGAGAGAUCCCCUCCUUCCCCAUCAACCCAGCAGCAUUACUCUCCGCACAGCUAAGAUAGAAGGUCUCGUCUUCACAUUCUACCCCUCCACAUCCUAGAGUCAUGUGAUGCGGCGGCCUCAGUUUUCUGUGCUUCAGAAUGGUGCUUUGAUUUCUUUGAUCCUAAAUCAGACUCAUUGGGGCUGGAGACGAAAGUGUCACGGGACUGGAAGGGGAAUUCAAUGGAUCCCAAACACUGUGAUCAUACUGAGUUUCAGUCCAGUUUUAAUCUAUUGGCAAAGCCACUUUUGGUCUUUUUCCUACUGAGUUGGGAUUGUUCACAGAUGGGAAAGUUGGCUGGUUUUGCGCCCCUUCGCCCCCCCCCCCUUUCCUGAUGAUGCUAAAGCUUUUGUAAAUAACACAACUCACUAAUGAGACAGUGGUGAAUGAAGGAGGUUUGAAUGACUCUGUGAAUAUGAUGGGAGAAUCAGUGGUCCUGCCUCUGAGUUAUCAGAUGUAACCUGCUGUGGAAUUUCAUGUUACAUGACCCUGAAUGUGUCUCAUGACUUCUCUGUGAGGUGGGAUUUUCUCUCAUGUUUGGAGGCCCUUUGGUCACACAACUGGAUAUUAGUUUAGUUUGACAGGACAUAGCUCAGAUUUAUUGGGGACUUUGAGAUAAAUGACCAUUUGCUAAAAUAGCCAUUUCUUAGUAUAUUUUUGCUUUCCUCCCACCUCUCCAUUAUGACACAGAGGAAAUUCAAGUGCAAUUCAGUCAACAGGAGAGAAUACUCCAGGCUAUUUGGCAUGCUAACAGAGCAAUAGGAGUGUUUUUAAGUCUCCAGUCUGAAAUGGUGAGCAACAGCAGACCCCAAACUGUGCAACUAACUAAAAUAACUGCCUACGAUCACAGUGCCAUUCAGUUCUUUAGGUUAAUAUUAUCUCAGAUGAUCCAGGGAGACAAUUUCAUAGUACGUGACUUUCAACUGGGCAAAAAUGCCCAUGUAUUUCCCCCCCCCGCCCCCCUCCCCCCAAGCAUGUGUGACCCAGGCCCGACAGGAGGUUACUCCUGAAGGUAUCUCCUGUGAUUUGGGAAAUACUGUCCCUAACUAUGCAAAUGUGGAGAAAUAGACGUGGUGUUUUUGUUGAACUCGCCCCUUGUAUGUGCUGUAAAUGUGUAUAAAACGAAUUAAGUGUCGAAUGUGAUGUAGCUGCAGGAAAAACAACUGUUUUCAAAUAGAAAUCCCACCUCUACUGUCUUACAGAAAUUCAGAUCCAGGUUUGUAUCCAGUCCCUAAUUUAGACCUGUGCCACCAGAUUAAAGAAAGAAAUUGAGCAUGCUGGGGAGAAGCCAUUCCUCACUAACACUCUUGAGAUUUGGGGUGUAAAUUAACCUUGACCAAGACCAAGGAUUUGGCAAGAGCUCAGGUAGAAAUAGCAGGCAGCCAAUUGUUGGCUUGUAUCACAAAGUAAGCAAGCUAUGGUGAACAGUGCACAAGUCAAAUUGUUUUGGAACACCAUUUCCUAGUUCAGUGUCACUUAUUAGUCCCAAAGGAUGCCAGGGUUAGAUCGUGAACAAUUGUCCUUUUCCAUUUGGAUCCAGCAUUUCAUGAGGGAACAAGAGAAACAGCUGAUGUCUUCAGAGGACAUUCUUUCCUCAAGGAUACAAAGGAUUCUUUCCUUUUGUGCAAGUGAUGGCUACAGUUAGGGAAUGAAUGUGUCCAAUUCCCAGUUGAGACUUCAGGAUCCGCAAAUGUUGAGUCCUGAUGCUAUUCUUUUGUCUCAUAGUUUUGUUCUUGUGUCUCAAGCAUUGGUAUCAUUUCUCUUCCACUCCUGCUACUUUGAAAGAUUAGAAAGUGUGGAAAUAGCAUACAGGUGUUGUUUGCUCGUGAUAUAAAUCUUGCUACAUAGUGCGAGGCUCUUUUCUCCAAAACUUAUGACAGAAGACCCAAAGUUAAAUGAACUUGUAGAUGUGGAAGAACCUAUGUUGGGGUAAACGACAAAUUAACACAAAAGUUCACUUGGUGGAAGUGGGAAUUAAAAGAAAACUGACGUAUGAUAAUUUUCGUAAGCAGCGAAAAUGAAAUUAAACACAAAGAUGGUGGUUAAAGAGUAAGAGACUAAUUAUGUGAUCAUUGGAAAACUGAGAGUUGUGUAUAUAUAUUUUUUGUUUUGUUAGUAAUAAAGUAAAUGAUGGAUAAUCCCGAAAAGUUUAUGUGAUGUAAUUUACCCCCUUCAGACUAAAGAGUUCUGAAGUAAAAACUCACUCCAAGUAUUGGGGUGGUGGAAUAUGUAAGAAAAAUACCGUAUAUGAGAAUACAGACCCAGUAUAGAUGUCAAUUAUUUCUAUUUUGAAUGGAAUUUAUUUUGAUACACAUUCUUUAAGUAGUUUGAUAACUUGCCUUUUAAGUAGUUUUUUCUCUUAUGUAACCUUUUACCCAGUUAGACUGUAAGAGUCCCGGAAUAUCCCUCUUCUCUUAUUUGCAAAGGAUGUGACAUCUGUCAUGAGUUGUCCACAUUUCUUUGUAAGAGUAGUGAUGCAGUGGGUAGUUUUUCUGCUGAAACCUUUGCAGCUAGUUAUUUUAACGGGUGCUGGGCCCCCUUUUCCUUUUGUUUUUCUUUCACAUUUGAUACCUUUGGGGUUCAUACAUUCCCACAAAAUUUGGUUUUUAACAAUAGAUAUUACAAGGAAACUGCUUGGUUAAGGGAGACUUUUCCUAAUUGACAUUAGCCCAAAGUCUGUCUCAUGCCAACUGGGUCAGGCCAUGUUGUCUGUAGCCAAGGCAUAUUUCACCCCCGAUUGUCAGCCAGCUCCUUGGAUUCGAGUUUUAACAUUUAUAAGAGUUGAUUAUCUGCUGUAUUAAUCUGAUGAUUUGGCUCAAUUGAUGACUUGAGUCCAAUGCAGUAGCAUUAGCUCUUUGAUUUUUGUGAUUUGAUCUUAACUAUAUUGUUUAAUACAGUUUAGUAUUUUUAUAGUAAUAUAUAAUAGUUUAGCCUUAGUGCUAAGUGUUCUCGGUUUUAUUUGUUGUUCAUCUGCCCUGUAUAUUCCUCCUUGAGUGUUGGCUUUGGUUAAUAGUAAUCAAUUCCCUCCUUUGAAUUUGUAUAUGGAUAUGAGGCAGGUAUGAUCAUGGCAGGCCAGGGGCCAGCUUAUGGUAAGUCCCCCAUGUCUGAACUGGACACUAAGAGAUACUGGAAUCUGUCUUGUGGGAUACUUUUGAUAAAAUAGAUAUUGGAAUGCUAAGAAAGUGUGUAAUGUUUAGACUCUGUUGAGUGCCAUGCAUUAAUCUUAGUUGUUCUAUCUGUUCCAUGUUGUAAUAUGUUGAGUGUGCAUCGUGUGAGCCUCUGUGACUGUACGAAUCACCAUACAGGAGAGGGAUAUUAAUUAGUGUGAAGGGCUGCUCUUCUACAGAAAUUGUUCCCCCUUCCCCAGCCCCCCUAUAGCCAGAAGGGCUAUGGUUGGAUCUUACAACUGGAAACUCUACAUCUGAAUUGAGAAGCCAUGAACGAAAGGACAAAAUACUUGUUGUUCCACUCUCAUCCCCAUGAAGAUGAGUUCUGCGCAUGGACUCAUCCCAUCAGCUGAGUUUAAAGCUCAGAACACAUGGCAGGAGGGGGAUAAAUACCCCAAACAAAAGGAACUAUGGAUCUCGAUGAUGCUUGGAUUCUUGGGGGGAGCAAGGUGUUUCUAGACAUAAGUGAGAGAUCCCCAGUUGCUUAGUGUGGGUUAGUCCUAAAGGAGAAAUAUGGCAGAAACUGAAGACUGUGUAACUCAUUCGUGCAUCUGUGUUUGCUUGCUUUAACCUUGUAAGUAACUCUCUGACUUCUUUUGCCUAGUUAAUAAACCUUCAUAUAGUUUA